UCAUUGUGAAAUGACGAGAGUAACACCACGGAUAGUGAAAUGGCAAACCGACGUACCAAAGUCCGAGUCCAUACCGCAUAAGGACUCGCCCAUUUAAGUAGCCCGAAUUCGCCGAGUUUUAUCACCCAGCAUUAUUCACGUAGAAACGGCAAGUAAGGUAAAUUCGUAAAUUAAGCAGUUAUGGGAGGUCAUGGAGGUCUGAACAUUCUCCCGCAGAAGAGGUGGAAUGUGUACAAUUACGAAAACCGAGAGAAAGUCCGGCUAGAUGAGGAGGCAGCGGCGAAAGAAGAGCAGCUGAAGCGCGAACAGGCGAGGAAGCGCGACGCAGAGUUCCGUCUCGAGCAGCUGCGGACUGCCCGUGGCUUGGCUCCGGUGAUCGAGGCUGCGGAGCCCAAUGUCGCGGAGCCCAAUGACGUGGAGCCCAAUAACGUGGAGCCCAAGUCUGGUCAUCUUAACCUGUUUGAGGGAAUUAAGAUUUUCGACCCGAUUAUGUUAGAGAAGGAGGAAGGUGGUGAAAGUGAUGGGUUUAAGAAGAAGAAGAAGAUGAAGAGAGAGGUGGCGGAGCAGAAGGUUGUGGGGCCGGAGGAUGAGAAGUAUAGGUUAGGUUAUGGGGUUGCGGGGAAAGGAGUUAAGCUGCCGUGGUAUCUUGAAAGGCGGAGCAAUGAUGGGAAUUGUGAGAGCGGUAGGGAUGAUGGGUCGGCGAGAGGAGUGAAGGAGAAGGGAAUGAAGAGUGGGAAGAAGACAUUAGAGGAGUUGAGGGAGGAGCGGUUGAAAAGAGAGAAGCGGGAGAAGGAGAGGGAACGGGCCUUAGUGGUGGAUAAAAGUCGAAGAGAUGGAGCUGGUUUCAGGGACAGAGGGUUUUCCAGGAGGUGAGCUUGCAGCAUUCUUGUUAUAUACUUGUGAUGUUUAUUAAAACUUGAUGUAAAUAUUGCCAGAUUUUUUAGAAGUUGGAUUGGCUGUCAUGUGUUUGCUGUAUCUGUAACAGCAGCUUUCCUAUGCUUUAUGAAUAUUGGAUUGAUAGAUUCAUGAGGAAGAAAGAAUUUAAUCCAAUAAAUUAGUAUUUGAUUCUCCCUUGGGACA